GUCGAAUUCCACGUGUGGAAGGGGAUCCUCGUGGAAGCGUCUCCCGUCUUCGGCGACAUGACCGCGUUUGACGGAACGACGGCCGACGGCGCCGUGACGCUGACGGAGACCAGCGCCGCCCUGGAGCCGUUCCUGCGCAUGUGCUACCCUCCUCCGCACGGGCCCCCCAUCUCCCAGCUCGGCGUCCUCCUCUCCGUCAUCGCGCUCGCCCACAAGUACCAGGCCGACGGCGUCCUCCAGACGCUGAAGAACCUCCUCGUGAAGAAGUUCUCCCCCGCGGAGCCCCUACGCGUCUACGCCAUCGCCGUGCGCCUCGAGAUGACCGACGUCAUGGAGGCGGCCGCGCGCGACUUCCUCGCGAUCCCCUCCUUCGGACCGUACACCGAGGAACUCGAGGGCCUCAGCGCAGGCGUGUACCAUCGCCUGCUCACCUACCGCAGCAAGUGCAACGACACCCUCGAGGAGAUGAUCCAGAGCAACCUCGCGUGGCUCCCACCAGGCCCCUGGAUGACAAUCUCCUGCGAUAACAAGAACUGCGCAAAGUCGUCGGUCACGUGCCGCAUCAAGCGCAAUGUUUCAUUUUUUGAAUCCCGCAUAAAUCCCGACCGCCCAGUGCCCGUGGACCCGAGUGUGUGGUUCUGGAACCACCACAAUCGUAUGGCGAAGCUGCUGAAGGACCGCCCUUGCAGCGCCGCGCUUUCGAGCGCGAACUUGUUGGAGCGAGGGAUCGUGGAGGCGUCUUCGUGUAUCAGUUGCAGGGAGAAGGCUCCGGAGACGCUUCGUCUCUUCAACGACAGACUGCGGGCGGAAGUUGACCGUCGCAUCCACGAAGUAAGCUUGUCG